AGGCCAUGGCGGGCCCCGAAACGUCUUGGGGCCGGAGCCGCUCUAAUCGGCUUCGGCGACGAGUCGGGCGAAGCGUUUUCGCGGUGACCUUAACGGCCACGGCCACACUCUUGCCGAACCACGAAGCCUUUGAUGCAGUUGAGUCCCAGCCGGACAGCGCACGGUCCGUGUUUGCCACUGGUCCGUUGGGCGGGUGGCGCCUUUGUGCACGGGAGGGUGGGAGUUGCAACUGCGUGGGCACAGUGGCAUUGCAUAGCUGGCUGGCGGACUGGAGCAUGCUUCGACAUGUGAACGGUUCCAUCCCAUGCUCCGUGGCCUUCUUUGGACAUGAUCCACGGCCACACCUGCCCAAGCUGUGUAGCUGCUUAGCGUCGCUGUCCUGGCCAGAGAGCUUGGUGGAUGGUUUAAAUGAAACCAUCUCGAGGAGCCUUUUGCCCAGAGUAGAGGCUGGACCGGCUGAAGCCACCUGCAGCCCGGAGGACGACGGCAAAUGGACUCCCUGCUCAGUGUUGUCCAGCCGGCACGACGGUAGUGUGGUUCCUGAUAGGAUACUUCCGCGCUUGCCAGUGGAAGAGCAGCGGGAUAUGGCGCUACGAAAGCUGGACUUGUGCCACCGCUUGGCGCCGGAUCAGGCCUUGAGGAUCUUGGGCGUUUGGCCCAGCAACAUCCAGAUGGGCGUCGUUCCCAUCAAGGCCUCAUCGGCCCCUUUGUGCGCGGUGGUCUACAGCCCCUUACGGGGCGCCUUAUGGGAUGGCCGCGCCGCCAUCUUCUGUCCGACCGAGCCACCGAAAUGCUUGGAGGGCAGCUGUGAGUGCGCCGAUGCCUCUUUGAGUCGCAUCGACCUGCGCAAGCGCCGGAACGGCGACGGCAAGGAGAAGGGCGGCCCUCCUUGUUGGACCUGCUUGCCAUCGGGAGAGACUGCAGAAGAUGAAGUCUCCAGACAAAAUGUCCAAAGUGCCAUGGGCAGGACCGCCCCAACAAUGGGAGCUCAGAGUCAGGUCUUUGCUACUGAGCAAGUGGUGGAGACGAUCAUCUUCCGCUAUCCAGAUGGAUCCUAUCUCACAGGUUUGGAUGGCAAUCCGCUGGGUCGGUCGGUGGCGAAGCCCUCGCCGCCCUUUUCCUUGAUGGACGGAGAGUUCAUCACCAAGAUCACCGGCUACAUCGAUACGUCGCAUGGUUCGCUGCAAAGUGUUCGCUUCCAUAGCAGCAAGGGCCGCAUCUCCAUGGACUACGGAUGCCAGGCGCCUCGGGGCAUGGCCUUUGCCUUUGCUGCGCCCCCGGGCACCGUGGUGGCGGCCUUCAGUCGGAAGGAAGGGAAGCCUUGUGGACGAAUUGAAGAGGCCAUUUGCAUCGCGCAUCCAAGUAGCCAGGACUUGGUGGUGACGGCAGAAGAGAAGCUUCGGCAGCUCUUGGAGCUUCCAGCUGAUUGGGAUCUCCUCUCCUUCUGCCGCGGCCAGCGCUUGCUCGGCCCCAUGGGGGGCCGGCAAAGCGGCACGGUCUGCGCCAAGCAUCGCUGUCCGGAGAUGAUCCAGGAGAUGCAAGGUCUUUUUGAUUCCACCUUCCGAAAGAUCUACACGCGCGACCGGCGGGGAGCUCCCUUGGCGGACCGGCUGAAGGUGACGGACGUGUACCGUGUCCUAAAUGAUCAGGUCUGGCGCGAGUAUUUGAGGCAUCGCGAACGCCUGCGCCUCCUUCGUUGGAACUGCCCCGCGCUGGAGGAGCAGGUGCCCAACGGCCCUGCAACGCACGCCUUUUGUGAAUCCCUGCGGCGCAUGGGCCGCAGUCGCUUGCCACACUUGGACUCUCAAGUUGCUGAGUGUUGGCUCUUCCAUGGGACAAGCUUUGAAGCUGCAGCUGGCAUUGCGGAGAACGACUUUCGCCUGGACCUCACAGGCUCCAACGCGGGCACCCUGUACGGCAAGGGGAUUUACUUGGCUGAGAACGUGAGUAAGUCGGAUGAGUAUGGGGAAGGCCCUCGUGGCACACGGCCGGAGGAGGAAUCUGUGAAGGAAGAUCGUUCCCAGGUGCCCGUCCCUCCUGCGCCUGCCCACACCCGUGGAGCUGUGGAACCUUUGACUCGUCAUUCCGUGAUGCUGGUGUGCCGCACUCUCUUGGGCAAGGUGCUGUACAACGAUGAGGUGAACCCUUCACCUGAUGCCAUCCAGCGCAGCUGUUUGGCCAAGGGUGCGCCCUACGAUUCGGUGCUGGGCGAUCGGAGAAAGAUCCAUGGGACCUUCCGCGAGUUCGUCUUGUAUCACGAUGACCAGGUAUAUCCCGAGUUCAUCGUGGUCUAUGAGCGAAUCUACUUUCACGAGCGGUUCCAGGAUAUUUUUGGUCAGAUGGUGGAGCGAUGCAGGCGACGGCAGUUCCAGGGUCCCAGCGCCGAAGAGGAGAAGGUGUUGAAAUCCCUAUGGGAUCGCUAUGCCAUGCCACACCAGGGCCAGAUCGAUAAGUGGCAACUCCUGGAUUUGCUGAAGGCCAUCGACCAGCCCCCGGAAGAUGAAGAGGGUGAUCUGGACGAGACCUUUAGAGAGAUCAACACCGGUGGCAGCGGUCGCAUUACCUGGGAGGAAUUCCUGGCCGAAAUGACCGAUCGCGUGCAUCAUGCCUGCCGGUGAGGCCGCGGCGGCUGCAGCGGCUGCAGAUCCUGAACUUGCCAUAGAAAUGGACCACAGGAUCGAUAUGGAUCUCAACACCAUCCCUUCAAACAUCCUGCAAUCGAUUUCUAUGCAAUGUACAUAGAUCAUAUUUUAGCCUCCAAGAGGCUAAUUUGAGAGGUCGAAGACGUAUUGCAGCAACAGUUGGGCUCUUCCUGAAGUCUAAUGUCAGGGAUUGCUGAUAUUUUUUGCUGGGAGGGAGUCGUUGUGAGGAAGAUGUGGAAUGGAAGCUGGCUUUGUUGGACGAAGUCGACGAAGUUCUUUGAGUAGUUCGGUAAAGAGUUGGUUCUUUGGGUUUGUAGAGUGACUUUGGUCGUAGAGCAUCAAGUUUCCAUAUAAGAAGUCGACCUGUCACCUGUGGAAGAUGAGCAAAAAUCGUCGGGCUGUGGUGUCACGGGCUCCGCAUCAGGGAGUGGAAAGGACUCCGGAUUCCAAGGACAAGCCAAAACCCGGAAAACCCGGACAUCAAAUUUCUGAUCACCAGCCUCUGAAAAUAAAGGAGGCUCUUGGACACCAAGUGGUCCCUGAAAAUGUCCCUUCAUUAUUGGGAACAAGAAGCUACUAGGAGCAAAGGCAUCACUACUAGGAGCAAGAACGCUACUAGUAGCAAGAAGCUAGACCGUGACAUGAAGCUGUGACGAAACAUUUCGUGGGUGACGAAGCGGGAGCUCCGUUACGAAGCGGGCGGUGGAGCUUCGUCGACUGCCGGU